AGACUCGCUGGCUGUCAAACGUGUUUGGGUUGUUGUUGGUCUGCUCGGCCGACUGAUUAGUUGUUGUUUAUUAUAUUUUUUAACGCGCUCAACGUGCAAUACAAUUCACAGAAAACAAACAAAAACUAUUUUUAGGCUGUGAAAAUUUCAAAGUGCAUGUAAAUGUAAAAACACAUGCAUGCAUACAUAAUUAUUAUUAACCUUUAGCAGAAGCCAGCAAAGUUUUUAAGCAAAAUGUCACCGUUUGAGUGCAAAUCGCGUCGUGGCACCAAAAUCUCAGUCAUAAUACUGGGAACAGCACUAUGUUUUGUUAUGAUGGCAUACUUUGUGUUCGGUGACAGCAACGAUGAGCAGGGAUUGAAGAAACUACGCAUGAUCUCGGUUCUGUUUCGCCAUGGUGCAAAGAGUCCCAGUGGCUUCUAUCCGAAUGAUCCACAUGCGGCACAUGAUUGGCAUGAAGGCCUAGGUGCGCUCACUCCGAAGGGCAGUUUGCAGUCUUACAAUCUGGGUAAGAAUCUUCGUAUGCGAUAUUAUCGUUUAUUGCCAGCCAACAGCAUCUACACUCAGCAGCAGGUGCAUGUCUUAAGCUCAGCCGCGGAACGCUGUGUGAUGAGCGCGCAAAGCGUUUUGGCAGGCCUAAUGCCACCGCUGGAGAACAACAAUGUGCUACCCAUACCCUGGCAACCAGUGGCUAUCAAUACUCUUGCGCGCAGUGAUGACAUUCUGUUGGCCCAAAAGAAACCCUGUCUGAAGUAUGAGAAUAUUCUUCAGAAGCUCUAUAAAGCUCCACCACCCGAGCUACAUAAGCUAAAUGAGGAUCACAAGGCGCUCUACAAACUGCUGAGCAAGAACACAGGCAGGAACAUAUCCAAUGUCCUGGAUGUUGAGCUUCUGUAUAAUACACUUAAAACAGAAGAGGAGGCCAGCUUGGCGUUGCCCGACUGGACAGAGAAUAUAUAUCCGGAGGAAAUUAGACCAUUGGCAGAGCGCAGUUAUGUUCUAUUUACCGAAACACAUCUUAUGAAGCGUAUAAAGGGCGGCGCCUUUCUUGCCGAAAUACUUAAAAAAAUGCAAAACAAGCGUCGAAAGAAUUUAAAUCCUGAUCGCAAGAUCUUUCUUUAUUCAGCGCAUGAUGUAACGCUUGUCAACGUUAUGAACUCACUGGGCAUCUUGGAUCAGACGGCCAAUUUGCCGGAAUAUGCUUCGGCUUUAGUAUUUGAGCUGCAUCACAGCAAAUCCUUUAGUGAUGGUGAUUUUGAAGUGAAGCUGGUUUACUACUACAACAGUGAGGAUAAGUUUCCCAAGGAGCUGAGCAUACCCGAUUGCAAUGCACCCUGUUCGCUAAGUCAAUUUAGCGCCACAUUGGAGCCACUACUCUUGGACAACUAUGAUGAGACUUGCGAGAAUCCUACUCCCGAUUGCAAGAACUGAUGAUUUUAAGUUAAUGAAUUUAUGUUUUACGUUAUUGUUAUUGUUGACAAGAUAUACUUUUAAUAUAUUCUAGUAUCAUUUGA